AUGGCCAAGACCGACCAGAAGGCCUGCCUGAUCGUGAUUGAUGGCUGGGGCGUGCCCGGCGCCGACUCCCCCAAGGAUGGCGACGCCAUCACCAACGCAAAGACCCCCGUCAUGGACGACUUUGCCCAGAGCAAGACCGGAUACUGCGAGCUCGACGCCUCCUCCAUUGCCGUCGGCCUGCCCGAGGGUCUGAUGGGUAACUCGGAGGUCGGUCACCUGAACAUUGGCGCCGGCCGUGUCGUCUGGCAGGACGUCGUGCGCAUCGACCAGACCAUCAAGGAGGGCAAGUUCGCCGACAACGAGGUCAUUAAGAAGACCUUUGAGGGUGCCAAGAACGGCAACGGCAGACUGCACCUCUGCGGUCUCGUCUCCCACGGUGGCGUGCACGCCAAGCAAGAGCAUCUCUACAACCUCCUCAAGGCCGCCAAGCAGUACGGCGUCCCCAAGGUCUACAUCCACUUCUUCGGCGAUGGCCGUGACACCGACCCCAAGUCCGGCGCUGGCUACAUGGAGGAGCUCGUCAAGACCGCCAAGGAGAUUGGCAUUGGUGAGAUCGCCACCGUCGUCGGCCGCUACUACGCCAUGGACCGUGACAAGAGAUGGGAGAGAGUCCAGAUCGCCCUCGACGGCUUGAUCAACGGCAAGGGCGAGGAGAGCACCGACCCCGUCAAGACCGUCAAGGAGCGUUACGCCAAGGGCGGUGACAAGGACAAGGACGAGUUCCUGACUCCCAUCAUUGUCGGCGGCGACGAGGGCCGCAUCAAGGACGACGACACCGUCUUCUUCUUCAACUACCGCUCCGACCGUGUCCGCCAAAUCACCCAGGUGCUCGGCGACGUCGACCGCUCCGUCCUCCCCGACUUCAAGUUCCCCAAGAUCAAGAACCUCGUCACCAUGACCCAGUACAAGGCCGACUACCCCUUCGAGAUCGCCUUCAAGCCCCAGCACAUGGGCAACGUCCUCGCCGAGUGGCUCGGCAAGCAAAACGUCGAGCAGGUCCACAUCGCCGAGACGGAAAAGUACGCUCACGUCACCUUCUUCUUCAACGGCGGCGUCGAAAAGGUCUUUGCCCUCGAGACCCGCGACGAGUCCCAGGACCUCGUCCCCUCCAACAAGUCCGUCGCCACCUACGACCAGGCCCCCGAGAUGUCGGCCGACGGCGUCGCCGACCAGGUCGCCAAGCGUCUGGCUGAGCAGAAAUUCCCCUUUGUCAUGAACAACUUUGCGCCCCCGGACAUGGUCGGCCACACGGGCGUGUACAAGGCCGCCGUCGUCGGCGUCGAGGCCACGGACAAGGCCAUUGGCAAGAUUUACGAGGCCUGCAAGAAGGAGGGCUACGUCCUCUUCAUCACCGCCGACCACGGCAACGCCGAGGAGAUGAAGUUCCCCGACGGCAAGCCCAAGACGUCGCACACCACCAACAAGGUGCCCUUCAUCAUGGCCAACGCCCCCGAGGGCUGGAGCCUCAAGAAGGAGGGCGGUGUCCUGGGUGAUGUUGCGCCUACCGUCUUGGCUGCGAUGGGUCUGCCCCAGCCUGAGGAGAUGACUGGCGCGAACCUGUUGUCCAAGGCAUAA